GGAUAAGAACUGUCUGGACACCGCAAUCAUGGCCAUAUCGAGUCGGUAAAUUCAACCAAUCCACUCUCCUGGACCUGCCUGUCGCUGCAGUCAACCUCCUUUAUAACGCUGUCUACGUGACCCGAAUACGCAGAGACCAGACGCACUCACGGCAAGCGGAUCUGGUCGGCACUCCCGAAACAUUUUAUCCUUGCAUCAUCAGCAGCAUCAGCAGCAUCAGCAGUUUUAGAGCCUAUUACAUUCGCUCCACAGCAAUCUCGUGGGGUUGUAUAUCAGGCUCCAUCCAUUGGAGAACUCCCCCCAAUUUCCUGGAUAGCACCUCUAUCCUUCGGCCGCCUUGUAUCCGCAAGGAAAUGAGAGCUUUUUCGUGAAACCUGCACCCAUUGAGUCGCAUUGCACCACGGCAGGCGACGGUGUUUGAAAGAUCUACUACAAUUUCAAACGACAAGCGCGAGGAUUUUCAGUGACGGCAGAGGUUAAACAACAGAAAUGACAAUGUGGCUCACAUCGCUCAUUCUCAACUAUGGGGCACCAGUGUUCCUCGUACUCUCACCCUUAACGUCAUAUUCAGAUCAAAUAUACAGCAUACAUAAGACGAAAAGCUCUGCUGGAUUUUCGCUGGAUAUCCCCCUGAUAAUGCUCGUAGCCUCGAUUUUAAAGGUGUUCUAUUGGUUUGGCGCCCGCUACUCGAAUGCGUUACUCUUCCAAGCAAUCAUCAUGAUUGGCGUACAGCUGGUUUUGUUAAAAGUGGCCUUAGAUAAUCGAGCAUCAGCCGGAGUAAGAGACGGGAUUGAACAUGCGCCAUUCAGCGGCCAAAAAGCAGGAGUCAUUGGCAUGAACUUUUCGAGACCGUAUAACUUCUGGCAGUGGCGUGCCAACCGACCAUACUGGACAUUUCUUUCCUACUUCGUCGUGUCUUUAUUGGUCAUCCAUGUCGUUUUCCAGCCCAUCUCGCGCUCGGAGCACUAUGUUGCGCUCUUGGGCUUUGCCGGCCUCGGUGUUGAAGCUUUCCUUCCCGUACCACAGAUAAUAUCCAACCAGCGCGCACAAUCUUGCAAGGGUUUCCGGCUGUCUGUGCUCGGGUCAUGGAUUCUCGGAGACGCGAUGAAGAUGGGAUAUUUUUUCUUCACCGGCGAUUCCGUUCCAUGGGCUUUCAAGCUCUGUGGGAUUUUGCAAUGUUGCUGUGACUGCUAUCUUGGAGUGCAAUAUUGGAUGUUUGGGCAUGGUGUUCCGGUGAAACACGAUGCGGAGAGGGUUGCCUCCGCGAACGGUUUUGAACAUGGAAAUGAUAGGUGGGAUAUGAAAGCUACGGAUGUACGAUUAUCAUAAAUGGGCAAGUUACAAGGAACUGACUUGUGCAUACCAUUAUCAUUAUAUAUUUUUGGCUUACCGGUUGAUAUGGUGGCAUGAUUGAUACGUAUUGCUAGACCUGAUUUUCAUUUUCCAUAUUUAUCCAUCCAUUCCAUUUUAUAUAAUGUUGAUCGAUUUUAGACUAAUAUCUAAUUUAAUUACCAUUUCUUUUCUUGGUUAUUUGAC